AUGGAAGAACAAGUAUUUACAAACCUCGCAGUUCCUACUUCCAUCGCAAAGGAUCAAUGUAUAUACUGUUUCGAAUCACUAUACAAUAACAUCACCGCCACUUUUAACACCACACAUUCCUUAGAUAUCUGUAUCUCAUGUUUCCAGGCUACUUGUCCCAACCAUUCAUUAUUACAUUAUAAAGUCACUCAGCACUCAUCUGAUUCACCACAUGGGCAUUAUUUGAAUCUAUCUAAAUGGGAAAGACCGGCCUCUUCACCAUCUUCUGCGUCCAUGAACAAUGAUGAAUCAAACAAUAAGAAGAUAAAAUUACAAAUAGAUACGAAAUCAGAAGAUGAAUUGUAUGAAACCAAAUGGUCAUUCCAAAAGAUAAGUACGGAUGGUUCUUUAUUGGAACCUUUAUUUGACAAUAAUACCAAUACUGAAACGUUGUCGUCUAAUACCUUAAACAAGAUUAAUGAUAUAAUCAGGGCUAAAUCUAAGACUCUUGUCGAGGAAACUCAAUCAUGGGAGCUUGAACUAAAUUCCUGCUCUCAUACAAGAUCCUUACAAUCAGGUGAAUCCAGCAUUUCCCCCACACCAGCUGCUUUGGACCAUUGUCAUGAUUGUGAUUUGGAUUCUAACCUGUGGUUAUGUUUACAUUGUGGGAAUGUAGGUUGCGGUAGGAAUCAAGUCGGUAUCGAUGGAAAUUCACACGCCUUGGCGCAUUUCGAUACACAUAAGGAUCACCCAUUAGCCAUUAAAUUGGGUUCACUUUCACCUGAAUCGAGCGAUGUCUAUUGUUACCAAUGUAAUGAUGAAGUCAGAUUUGAUGGUGAUAAGGAUUUCUUAGCAAAGUUUUUAUUAACAAAUUACCAAAUUGACGUUUCUUCAAAGAUGGGGACGGAAAAAUCAUUAAUUGAAUUACAGGUGGAACAAAAUAUGAAUUGGAAUUUCAAAAUGGUGGAUUCUCAUGGAAAUGAGUUGAUUCAAUUACCUCCAAGCAAGGAAUUAGGAUGUGGGUUUAUUAAUUUGGGUAAUUCAUGUUAUUUAAAUUCUGUUCUACAAUGUUUAUUCAAUGAUGGGGUUCCAAAUUGGGCCACUUUACUAGCCAAUUUAAUUGGUAAUGAAUUCCCUCUGGAUUGCGUAUAUCCAACAACUAACUUAAAAUGUCAAUUAAUUAAGAUUUUGAAUGCAUUUAAAUUGAAUCCAGAGAAUUAUCCAGAAGGUAUUAAACCACAAUCCUUUAAAAAUUAUGUGGGUCAAUCAAAUAAAGAAUUUAAAUCUAAUAAUCAGCAGGAUGCAACAGAGUUCUUAACAUUCUUAUUGGAACAAUUAGAGAAAACUCUUUUUAAGAAAGAUAAUAAUCCAAAUAAUAUAAUGAAAUUUAUUAUGGAGGAUAAGAUUCAAUGCCAAUCAUGUGGGAAUGUAAAAUAUUCAUAUGAACCCACAGAAUACAUUCAGUUACCACUAGAUGGAACUAAUAACCCUCAAAAUUUAGUGGAAACCUUAACUAAUUUCUUCAAUGGAGAAAAUAUUGAUUUUGAUUGUCCCACAUGUAAAAAAACUGUUGUUGCCACCAAGAGACAAAGAUUUAAAACAAGUCCAAAUACUUUAGUGAUUAGUCCUCAUAGAAUAAGUUUUGAGAAGGAAACCUGGACCCCCAUAAAGACCUCUGCAGAAUUGACGCUUCCUAACUUGGAUGAUUCCAGCAAUGAGCUUUUAGAUUUAUCAUCAUUUAUCUCUAAGGGAUUUGACCCUACCAAGGAAACAUUGUUCCCAGAAGAUGUAAAUGAGGAUAAUAACACUUUUAAACCAAACGAACAAGCUGUUCCUCCUUUAUUGGAGAUGGGAUUUACCGAAAAUCUUGCUGCAAAGGCCUUAUACCAUACGGGGAAUAAUAAUGAUCCUGAACCAGCAUUACAAUGGUUAAUGCAACAUAUGGAUGAUUCUGAUUUUCAAGAUGAAUUUGUUCCACCACCACAAACGAAGGCAGCAGGUCCUGCAGCCAAAGUGGAUCAAGAAUCAUUGAGUAAUAUGAUUGACAUGGGAUUGAAUGAAAAACUUUCCAUAAAGGCUUUGGUUUUAAAUAAGGGAGAUAUCAAUGCAAGCAUUGAAUGGGUAUUUAAUAAUCCAGACGAUAAUGGUGAACUACCUUCAGAAACAACACCUAAAAGGGACGAGGAAGGGAUUAUAUAUGGGAAUCUUGAUGCAAAACCUUAUCGAUUGACCGCUGUGGUCUGUCACAAGGGUAACUCCGCUCAUUCUGGUCACUAUGUGGCAUUUAUUAGAAAAAUGAUUGAUGAUGAAUUGAAAUGGGUAUUAUACAAUGAUGAGAAAAUUGUAGUAAGUGAUAAUAUUGAUGAAAUUAAAAAGGAUGGAUAUAUAUAUUUCUAUUCGAGAGAUUAG